AUGUUGCAGAAGCAUCACUGGAGUCCGAAGGCGUGGGGAAACUGGAGAAAGAAGGAGCACAUUGGCCAGUUGGAAGCUCGUGCCUUAGUCAAGUCACUUCAACGAGUGGCAAACACGAAGUUCGGCUUUGGCAUUCGUCAGCUCCUCAUUGUCGACUCCAUGUCAGUUGCGCUUGCUUUUGAACGCUGUCGGAGCCGCAGUUUUCCCAUCCUCCGACAGAUUAGGCGCUUUGCGGCGCACAGCAUUGCCUGCAACAUAUUCACCGGGGCCAGGUGGAUUCCAUCUGAGCUUAUUAACAGCGCUGACGAGCCGAGUCGUAUCUCUUCAGAAGUCACCUCUAAGACCCUGGCCGAUCGCAUCCCUAUUGGCCAUGGCCUCAUCGGGAGCCGGCAGGGAGACCCGCAGGGAGAGAGUAUUGCGGCCACCCGCAGUGAAACCGCCCGCAAAGGUGACUCAGAGGAGGAGGCUCUUGGUCAGACCAAACGAGGACCCGCAGCCGCGCAAGAUCCCUCGACAGGAGAAGCUGGUGCGGCCGGAUGUGGCGGGCCGGCUGAGACUCUUCGGCCUACCCCUUCUCCACUUGCGUUGGAGCAGGUGGAGAAAUCAGGCCUCCCGGCCAGCCGCUCCCAUUACAGUCGGAUGGGAGGCGGAAAGCUUCCUCGGAGCUGGCGGGCCUUGAAAGGAUGGAAACGAUUGAGCCCAGGGCAGUCUCGCCGAGCGAUGCCGUUGGCAGUCUGGUGCCGUCUCCAUGGAGCUGGUGAGAAUGGGCCAACUCCGCAUGGCAUUAUUCCUGCUGGUGGGCUUGAGCAGCUACUCACGCCCAAGCGAGCUGAUCAGGAACGGCCAGAAAGGUCAAAGACGGGGGAGUUCGACGACAGCAUCCCCCUCGACUCCUUUUACAUGAAAUCUUGGGCCCCUCCACUGUACGAGCAGCUGAAAAAGGGGCACCCAGAAUCGCCACUGUGGGACUUCGAUUAUUCCCUCUUCUCGAGCAUGUUCUACCGCGCUUGCCGAGCCCUGGGGCUCACCAUGACACCGUACCAGCUGAGGCACUCGGGGCCGUCGAUAGACCGGGCGUUGGACAAGCGAAGCUUGCUGGAGGUUCAGAAACGAGGAAGGUGGAAAAGCUUCAAGAGUGUGAGCAGAUACGAAAAAUCGGCUCGGUUGGCAGCGAACUUCGGGAUGCUGCCACUCGUCCUGCAGCGACACUCCCUCGAGGCCGAGUCUCAGCUAGGGGACGUGAUGUUGGGGCGGCGCCGCGCCCUACCACCGCCUACCGUAGGAUACAAAUGCAAAGAGUAUGAUAUUUUGCACGGGGCGGCGUGUGAUCUUACGUCGCCCGCAGUACUUCGUCAGAUCAGGCAAGACAUCAAGGCGGCUUUGCUUGAUCACGGCAAUCAGUGCUUUAGGACUUGGAUCGCUUGGAUCGUCGAUGUGCGGGCCCCAUCUGCUGCCGUACACACAGGCCUCAUUUUCGACCCACUUCACGCGCUCUGGCAGGAAGCAGUGCAGGGUGCAGCUUUGGAGGAGGGGCAGCAGCGCUUGCCACUUGUGCAAGCAGAACCCGAAGGCGGAGAGCUUCCUUCGAGUGUCUUGGCGGCGGAGGAUGCCGAAGCCGAAGGCGAGCUCCCUUCAGUUGCCUCGGCGGUGGGUGCUGAGCACUCCUCGUCUUCCAGGGACAAAGGAGGGCGUGUCCGAGUGGGCUGGCGGGAACACGCGAGAGAGCAAUGCGAGGCGGCAUUGAGGCCGGCGGCCAAAAACUGGCUCCAGCAAAGGAAAAUUGAGCAUACCACCCUGAAGCAAAGUUCUGACAAAGGAGAGAAGCUUCUCAUCUGCCACUGCAAAGCCUGUCAGAAAUGCACCCUCAUGUAUGCUUUUAGACUUUUGGAGCCGGAGAAGGAUGCAGAGGACCGCACUCGUUUUCUGUAUGUGGAGAAGAAAGGGGAAUGCCAGGGCCAAGCAAACGUUUCCCAUCUGAAGCGAGUCCUUGCUCGAGAGUAUGGAGCUCAGUUCAGCCCGGCCAAAGCGUUGAAGAAGAUGACAGAAGCCGGAGUGCCUGCUGAGCAUCUCCCGGCCAUGUGGCAGGUCAAGAACCAGAGGCCUUCUUCAACGGCAGAGCACACCUACAGCACGGAUUGCUUAGAGCAGCUCCGGAAGUUUGUGUCGGCGCCUCCCGAGUGCAUUCGCAUGUAUGGGGACCAUGUGGUUUGCAGUGAGUCCGAGAUUUGCAUCCCUUUUUCUUGUCCUUCCACGCAUGAUAUAUUGCAGGACUCAGGGCUGACGAGUUUUUUGCUGGACUUCACUUACAAGACAAACCGAGAAGGCCUGUUGCUAGGCUGUAUCGGUGCUGUUGGCAUGCUGCCAAACGACAAGGGGUUGCCGUCUGUUCGCAUGAUUCCAGCUUUCUUUGUCUUGUCCAACGCGGAAAAUGAGCAAGCUCACACAGUCCUUCUUCGUCUGUUCUUCGAGCACGCCGAGACCUGGAACAUGAAACUGGAAGAUGCUUUCUUGGAUUGCAGAUGCCUGCAGGCUGCCAUGAAGUGGUGCUCAGCAGAAGGCCGCAAGCUGUACCUGCACCGGUGCCUGCAGCAUGUCAAGACCAACAUUCGGGAAGAAUCUGCCAGACGUGAUGCAGUCACUGGCCAAGCGAGAUUGAAGAAUCGCGAGCUGUUGUCUGUGCUGCUGGAUUUCGUGCAAUUCUCUGCGACUUUGCCCAGCGACUUGCAGUUUCAUACCUUCUGGUCUAGUGUCAUGAGUCGCAUGUCCGCUGCCUCUGCCCCAACCGACUUCAACGAGCCGCGAAUGGCAGCUUACAUCCGUGACAACAUUCUGGAUGGAACAGGGCCGCAGUGGCAGGCAAGCUGGGUCAGUGGCCUUGGCUCUGUCCCCCUGGGGUUCACGACGUAUAGUGCGAAUGCCAUUGAAUCCUCGCAUUUCGGCAUCAAAUACUUGAUGGACGGCUCUGGUGCACAUCUGGAUGUUGCGGAGGCUAUGGUUCAG